AUUUCCUGGAUGUAGAUAGAAAAUGGUGAAAGAAAGAAAAUUUAAACAGUAUUCCUUCGAGUUUUGAUGGAAAUUACGUUGCAGACCGAAAAGAAAUUUAAUUGCAGUCCAGAAAAUACUCGCCUGGAGAGACGAGACGAUUACAUGACAAAUAGCUAGCCAUAAAUUGUGUUCCUUACAUGAAGUAAUUUUUUGAAGGUCGGAUGCGUGCUACGGUUCUACUAUGGCGGCCAGCAGCAGACAGGUAGAGGCGAGAAUUGAUGAAAAGCCUGAAAUUAUGUACGAUGAUUUUAGGGAAGAGUUACUCCAUAAACUCAACGAACUCAGAGAAUCGAAUUCUCUCUGUGAUACAACAAUUCGAGCCCAAGGACAGGAUUUCCCUGCACACAGAUGUGUUCUGUCAGCUGCAAGCCCUUACUUCCGUGCCAUGUUUACAAGUGAAUUAAAGGAAAAAGAAAGUGACCUUGUCGAGUUAAAGGAGAUGAAAUCUAGCACGAUUAGCGAUGUUCUUCAUUAUAUUUAUAACGGUGAAACAGCAAUCGACUCUUCCAACGCGAAAGAUUUGGUCAUGGUCGCCGACUAUUUGAUGAUACCAAGUUUGAAAAGGAAAGCUGCAGUUUUCCUCGAGAAUGAAAUGAUAAAUGUUUCCAGUUGUUUAGCUUUAGAAUCGUUCGCUUCUCAGUACGAUUGCAAGCAACUAAGGCAAGCCGCAGUUUCUUUCCAAACUGAGAAUUUUGUAGACGUCUCUAGAUCUGAAGAUUUCACUUUACUUGAUUCGAGAAAAUUACAAGAACUGAUUUGCAUGGACGAGCUAAACGUGGCUGAAGAAGAGGAAGUGUAUGAAGCAGUGAUGACCUGGGUGAAACAUGAUCUACCAUCCAGAGAGUGCACCCUUCCAGAAUUGUUGAAAUCUGUUAGAUUGUUUUCAAUGUCAAAAUCCAGUCUUCGAAGAAUACUUGAUCAAGAGCUGGUUUCUAAAAGUCUCGCAUGUACGAGGAUUGUAAUAAAUGCGUUGGAUUUGUUCCUUUUCCCAGUGUUGUCGCAUGACAUUUCACUGACACCUCGCUCGUCAUUAAAUAAUUAUGAAGAUGUAGUGGUACUCACACGUUCUGAGCUACCAUCUGAUGAAAUUUAUAACGACAGAACUAAUUUUUUUGUUCUCGCCACUAUGACCUGGGGGUCCCUCCCCAUGGUGCCUUUGAACUGCGGCGAACAUCAUAUAGCAGCAGCAGUGUGCGGAGGGCUCUUGUACGUAGUAGGAGAUUUUGGAUCAACUUCAUUGAGUUGUUUUAACCCAAAGCAGAAUAAGUGGAGCACUCCUGAUACAAAAUUAAACUGCAAAGGCUGUACAGUCACAUCUUUUGAUGAUGAGCUCUUUGUGAUAGGUGGUGAGGAUUCUUGGCAUGAUGUUCAAAUAUACAAUCCAGUUCUUAAAGAGUUGAGACAAGGAGCAUCAAUGGAAGCUGCUCGUGCAGGACAUAAUGCAGUUUUACUUCAAGGACACAUUUAUGUCAUUGCUGGUCACAAUGGUGAGCAUUGUCAGAACAGUGCAGAGUGUUACAAUCCAUUAACUGACCAAUGGGCUGAGAUUUCAAGCAUGUCUGAUGUUCGAAGGUCAGCUGCUGCUGUGGCAGUUGGUGGAAAAAUUUUAGUUGUUGGAGGAUAUGGUGACAUGUCAGUUUACACUGUAGAAUCUUCCUGCGAAAUAUUUGAUCCAGGGACAAAUCAGUGGAACCUGGUACCUAGUCUAGAUAUUCCUCGUGCUAGCUGUGGUAUUGUGGGUGUAGGAGACACUGUUUAUUUAUUUGGAGGUGAGGAUGGAAAUGAAUGUAGGAGCGACGUGCAAUGUUUUGAUUUAAAAACAAGUAAGUGGCAUGAAAUAUCAAUUAUUCCAAUGUAUCCUUAUAGUGGCAUACAAGCAUCUUUGCUGAAAUUACCCAAACAUUUUAUCAAAAAUAGUCACUCAAUAUAUAAUCACAUCUUGAAAGGGUGGAAUAGUUUCUCAGUUUUUUCUAGAAAUUUCAAUAAAUGUCAACAGGAGAAAAGGAUCAGUGAAAUAAUUGCUCGGAUUACUUUACCUGUACAACAUAAUUAAUACAUACUGUA